CAGGGCCUCCUGCAGGUCCUGAAGGCCUACACCCUGUACCGGCCGGAGCAGGGCUACUGCCAGGCCCAGGGCCCUGUGGCCGCCGUGCUGCUCAUGCACCUGCCCCCGGAGGUGAGUGCCCGCAGCCCUGCGGCAGGGGCCCCAGACCCGGACGCCCACCCCCAGGAACUCUGACUUCAGUUACCUGAGACCCUGGACCCCCAACGCUAGUGAUCUAAGGACCAAGGCAUCCUGUGCCCUGGACCAUGACCGCCCUCCCAUCCUCUGGAGCCCUGGCCUCCGGGACCUAGGAUCCUCAAGUCCCACACAAACCUGUCCUAGUGAGCCAGGGCCUCAUGCCUGCCAAUCUCAGUAACCGUCAAGCCCAGUGACCUUGAUUCCAGGAACAUCGAACCCUGACCCCUGACCUUUGGCCCAAUGAUUUAAAAGUCUGGAUGGUAUCACCUUGACCUUAUGACCCCUGAUUCUGAACCCUGUGACCAUGAUCCCUGACCCCAAUGACCCCAAGAACCCAAGACUUGAACUUUGGGACCUCCGCUGCCUUGACCAGUGAGCCCCCACCCUGCGACCCUCAAAUUCAGCCCUCUGAGACCUGUGAUUGCCGACCCCUACACCCCUUGGUAGGCCUCUUUCUAGGCAAUGGAAAGCUUUUAGGUAAGACCCACCCCCUGCCCCAACCCCACCGGCAGCACUGAGACCAGGCUCCUGGCUCUAGAGUCACCCCAGAUGUUGUCUAGGCCCUCCCCUGUUGCCCCCUUCCGCACCCUGCAGUCCCCUCUGCGGUGGGCACUCAAGGCCUGUGCCCACCCCCAGGAGGCCUUCUGGUGCCUGGUCCAGAUCUGCGAGGUUUACCUUCCCGGCUACUACGGGCCCCACAUGGAGGCUGUGCGGCUGGACGCUGAGGUGUUCAUGGCCCUGCUGCGACGGCUGCUCCCUCGCGUGCACAAGCAUCUGCAGAAGGUGGGCGUCGGGCCCCUGCUCUACCUGCCCGAGUGGUUCCUGUGCCUCUUCGCCCGCUCCCUGCCCUUCCCCACGGUGCUGCGUGUCUGGGACGCUUUUCUUAGCGAGGGUGAGUGAGGGGCCGACCAGGUGGGCAGGGGCAGGAGGGGGUGCCUGGUGGGCAUGGAAGGUGGAGGUGCCAGCUUCGCUCUGCCCCACCGCCACUGCCGACCC